AUGUUCUGUGCUGGAAAACGUACGAGUGAUCUUCGCUUAAAGAUAAAUCAAGAAAUUGAUUUUUCAAUUGAUGAUGCUAUUGUACAACAUUUUUCAAUAUUAACAAGUUUUCAUUCACAAACAUUAUAUCGUAAUAGUUCUAUUAAACGAAUAACACUUAAAUCAAAUAUGGAAUUAUUUUUUGAUCAAAUCGGAGAAAGUAAAAUAAUAUGUAUGACUGAUGAGUCGUUUAAUACAAUUGUUGUACUUAAAACAAUCAACUUAUUCAAAGCAUUAAUUAAAUUUCAUAUAGAUGUUUUACCAUUUACGUAA